AUGGCUGUGCUGGCUGCGGGUACCCCGGUUGUUCUUGCGGUGGUUGCCCAGGAUAUCCUAGCUGUUGUUGUUGUCCAGGAUAACCGGGCUGUUGUUGUUGGCCAGGGUAUCCGGGCUGCUGCUGCUGCUGUUGUCCUGGGUAUCCAGGCUGCGGGUAUCCCUGUUGCUGCGGUUGUCCAGGGUAACCCGAUUGUGCUUGCUGUGGUUGAUGCUGAGGGGCAGGGUAACCUGAUUGAUGCUGCUGUGGAGGGUACCCAGACUGUUGCUGCGGAGAAGGAUAGCCUGCUGUCUGCCCCUGGCUUUGAGCUGUCGUUUGACCAGGGUAGCUGCCUCCACUCGGUGAUGAAUAACUUCCUCCGGGUUGUGACGUGGGCGUCUGUUGAGGGAUAG